AUGGAUUUUUUGCGUAAAGUUGCUAGACCUAAUCCUCCUCAAGAGUCUGUUGCGUCGCGUAUAUCUCAACCAGGGACAGAAGGCAGUACUCAGUUGUCUGAGAAUUCGCAACCAAGCACUUCUAAAAGACAAAAGACCAUGCCACCAGAGCAACAUAUAAUGGACUUAGAUCUCAAAAUGAGCGAGUUUUUAGACAGCAUGCUAUCACAACAAACUGAUCCCCCAAUUUUAUCAUUUUUUAAAGGUAUCCUACCCUCUGUUACGUCUUUCGACGAUGACGAAACGUUGGAGCUUCAAUCAGGUGUAUUAUCACUGAUACAACAAAUCAAAAAGAAACGUGAAAUCAGACUUUAUGCACAUAAUUAUAAUUACGAGCGUGAUAGCACACGGCGUAUUCGACACAGAACUAUAAUUAUUUAUCUACCGAUGAAUCCGGAUAUUCCUCUCAAAACCAGGCUGUUCUUACCCCACAUGGGUCUGGACAUGCAAGUAAUGGGCAUUGUGGUGCGCCAUAAUGUUGAAGUCGACGAGAGGAUUCUGGCGCUUUUUGAAGAAGACCUAACUAGAAGUAUCAGAGACGUAGCUUCAUUGCUAGAAAUAUCGACAUGGAAAGUGUGGAAUGUACUUCGUCAAAACAAUAAAUAUGCCUUUCACUACACUCCUGUACAAGGUCUUGAAAACAAUGACUUUGACAACCGAGUCCGGUUUUGUCGAUUUUUGCUGCAUACCGACGUGGAUGAUCCUGACUUUUUAAAAAGUAUUUUGUGGACGGAUGAAUCCAAAUUCACAAAAGAAGGCAUAUUGAAUUUACAUAAUUUACACCAUUGGUCGUCAAAAGAUCAGAACCCAAAAGUAAAACGACAAAGGUCCUUUCAGAGAAGAUUUAGUGUCAAUGUGUGGGCAGGAGUGAUUGGCAAUAAUGUUAUUGGGCCACAUUAUUUGCCGGAUAAUGUUAACGGAGAUAAUGAUCUGUUUUUUUUACAAAAUGAGUUGCCUGAAUUGAUGGCUGAGUUGCCCAUUUUUAUUGAAAACAGGCGGAUAGUAUUCCAACACGAUGGCUGCCCAGCACACUGGAGAGUAACCGUGCGAGAACAUUUGGAUAAUGUAUUCCCAAAUUCGUGGAUUGGAAGAGAUGGUCCUAUCGCAUGGCCACCACGUUCACCAGACCUAACUCCACUGGAUUUUUACAUCUGGGGACGAGCCAAGGCAAUUGUGUAUGCGACGGAGGUUGAGACAAGGGAGGAGUUAAUCCAGAGAAUAGAAGAUUCUUUUGUCACUAUCCGGCAAGAAAUGAAUCUUCAUACGACAACCGUCGAAGUCAGAGAUAGGUGUCGCGCGUGCAUUCGCAAUAGGGGACAACAAUUUGAGCAAGAUUUGUAA